AUGUCCACAGCGACUAGCUCGAGACUACUAUGGCAAUCUCAGAUACUCCUGCAGCCGAGCUGUAGAGGUGCACUCCGAUCGAGAGCUCCAGUCGUGCGGUCCACACCGCGCCCCCGCGGUUAUUCAACAUGGCCUAACGAUAUUAAACCCGUUGACCUGGCUUUUGAUCUUGUCGAGCCUCAGGCUGCCAGCGCAUCAGAUCAGACUCUGGUCAUCUGUCAUGGUCUAUUCGGGUCAAAGCAAAACUGGAGAUCCCUCGCAAAGGCUUUCGCUCAGAGACUCGGGAUGCGGGUCUACACCUUGGACCUCCGCAACCACGGUGCAUCACCUCAUGCUGAACCUCAUACCUAUGCUGCGAUGGCGGAGGACAUUGCCCAUUUCUUCAGAACUGCCAAUCUGGAUAACGGGGUCAAUCUCUUAGGUCACAGCAUGGGUGGAAAGAGCGUCAUGGCUCUCGCUCUGAAUGAUCGACUCAACAGUCCACUUCGAUCGCUUAUCAGUGUCGACAUGUCACCUGCGAAAGGACGUCUUUCGCCAGAAUUCGCAGCGUAUACCGAGGCGAUGAUGGAGAUUAACGAGAAGCGCGUCAAGUCAAGAGCAGAAGCAGACGAGAUACUGAGAAAGACGGAGCCGAUCCUCUCAACUAGACAAUUCCUCCUGACCAACACCAAAAUGUCCUCUGGACCCGAACCUGUGCUUCAAUUUCGUAUACCCCUCCCUUUACUCUCCGCCUCCGUCGAAUCACUCGGUAGCUUCCCGUAUGAUCCUCCUCCGCCCGUGAGCUGGGGUUCACCAGAAUGGCGAGGUCCCACCUUGUUCCUAAAGGGCGAGCACUCCAAGUAUCUGAAUCGGCACAAUAUACCCACAGCUGAGGCCUUCUUCCCAAACAUGAAGUUGGUCACGCUUGAUGCCGGGCAUUGGGUGCAUGCGGAACAACCUGCUGAAACGAUCAGAGUGGUCUCAGACUUCAUCGAGUCGGCAUAG